ACUCACAUGGAUCGUUUCCGGGGAGAUAGUGUGUAUACUGUUACUGUCUGUAGCUCUGGUGGUGUUCUUGAACGCAUCCCCGUGGUUUUUAUCAGUCUCGGGUAAAUUUCUACAGAUAAUAUCACGAGUUCUUUAACCGUUAAUGUAUUUUAAUAGUUAGCACACAUCUCAUGCGAAGUGUGCUUUCAUAUAUUUCCAAAACGACGGUUGGUUUGAGCAGCAGCGGCCGUUGGGAGCUUAAACAGUCCACCAGCAGAGACAGAGAGGAGGGAUGUCGCGCGGUGAGCUGGAAAAGCUGGACCCGGCUGUUUUCCAGAAGCAGUUGCACAAUCUCAAAUUUAGCAUGGAAGAAGACGGUGAUAGUAAUAUGUGCAUUGACACUGACUCGGACACAUCAGAUAGGAGGGAUGGCACCAAGUGUACAGUCAAAUGGACUCAGGAAGAGGAUGAAAAUCUCAAAAUCUUGAUCAGCAACUUUGGGAAAAAAGAUUGGAAAACCAUUGCCAGUUUUUUACCGGGGCGGACAGAAUUCCAGUGUAUGCACCGCUGGAAAAAGCACCUGGAUCCUGAUGUAGUCAAGGGCUAUUGGUCCAAGGAGGAAGAUGAAAAGAUCGUAGAGCUGGUGAGCGAGUACGGCACCAGACACUGGUCCAUGAUUGCCAGGCACCUGAAUGGACGGAUGGGGAAACAGUGUCGUGAGCGCUGGCACAACCACCUUGACCCACUGAUCAAAAAGAGCUCCUGGACUAAGGAAGAAGACCUCAUCAUCUACAAAGCCCACUCCAUUCUGGGAAACAGGUGGGCUGAGAUUGCCAAGCUGCUCCCUGGAAGGACAGACAAUUCUGUGAAAAAUCACUGGAACGCCACCAUCAAACGUAAAGCAGAGUUGGGCUUGUUCAAAGACGACGCUGACAGCAUUACCCUUGAUAUUCAGCAGUUUGUGGAAGGAGAGGUGGACUUCAAGUGUGACGUUGUAUUAGACACUGAACCAGUAAUUCCUAAAGUGAUCAGGCCAGUGAAAGAAAAGAAGCCGGUGUGUCAGAAAGUCAACCAGAAGACGGCCGUUCUGCACCCACAGACUUUACCAUCCAUGAGUCCCUCCUUGCCCACCAGUUCGAGUUCCAGUCCCAGCUCUAGCUCAGGCGCUGCACCAGCAGCUGCACCGGUGGACCAGAAAAAGUUUACCAGUGCAGCACUGAGGAUGAUCGCUGAAGACAUGCUGCCACUCAGUUUUGUUGAAGGCGCAGGCUUCAGGUCAUUCAUGAGUACCGUCAGCCCUGAAUGCAACAAGCUAUCCCAGCGGGUCAUGGGCCUACAGCUGUAUGAUGAAGUGGAAAGAACCAUCAAACCUCAGCUCAUCCGUGACCUUAAAGCCUGCCUCGCCAAAACCAAAAAUGGUGAGAGCCCCAUCCAUGUCACCUUUGACCUCUGGGCAGGGGAUCAAUCCCAUCCGGUGGAGGAGCCCAUCAUCGUUGUGCAGCUCCACUUUGUCAGUGAUUCCUGGCAGAUCCGCCGUCCCAUUGUGGCCUUCCGCCACCUCAGCCACAAAAACCUCAGCACCGCUGUGGCCAGGGAGCUGGAAGGUGUGCUGCUAAGCUACGGCAUCUUUCCUCGCAGCAUCGGCUACGUCCUCACCAACCAGGCCAAAGAAGCCCUGGCUGUGAACAACUUGUUCUGCGACUACAAGAUCAUGUGCUCAUCCAAUAGGGGAGAACCGGAUGGAGAUGAGAUGGUGGCAUUUCUGUCAGACCAGAUGUCUGAAACAGAGUCCCCGUUUUCAGAACUACAGAUUGGGACCAGCACCAUGUGUGUGGCCCACACAUUGCAGCUUGUGAUCAAGGAGGCACUGAAGAACUCCAGGGUGGUCGAAAACCUGCUCUCGCAAGUCCACAAUGUGGUGGCUUUUUUUAGGGGCAGCGCCUACUGGAGCGAGGUCUUGAUGAAGGAGUGCAACGUGUCCCUGUGCCCUUCCUCCAGUAACUGUCGCUGGAACUCCAUGAUGCUAUCUCUACGCCGUAUGGUGCAGGAGUCCGCCUGGAGCGCCAUCAUGACUCUCCUCGCCCAGGCUCGCAUAGAGGCUAACGACACAGCUAGCGCCCCGCCGCUGGUCAUGGCCAAGAGGGAGCAAGUGAUUGACAUCUUGGGUCUCCUUGAGCCCUUUGAGGAGGCCUUGCAGGUCCUGCAAGGAAACGGAGUGACCAUCUCUUUCAUCACACCGUCCCUCGUUGGCCUUGAUAAGACCUUGGAGAGCCUUGUCACCAACUACAGCCACUUCAACAAGGCCCUGCGCACAGGCCUCCACACACACUUCCAGUCCCUGAUUCACCAGAAGGACAUGAUACUAGCUGCUGUGCUCGACCCCAGGAUCAAACUGCAGCCGUUUUCUGAUGCCAAACUGGAGGACCAGACAGAUUUCCUAACGCCCCCGUCAAAGCAUCAGGCUCGCACCAUCGUGGAAACCACGUUGGGAAGCAUGGAGGCCUCAGCAUCUCACACUGUAGAGGCAGAUAAAGACCAGACAAGCAAGGAGGUGAAAAAGGAGCAGGAUGGCAAAGAGGAGAGCCAAGACAGCACGCUGAUGGAGGCAUCUGGUGGCAGCUCAGAUGACAACAAUUGCGACGAGGUCAGCGGAAACGACCUCAAGCGCAAAUCCAUCUUUAACUUCCUCCAGCCGCCUGCAAAGACCAUGAAGAUGGCAGAGCUCGAUGUGUACCUAUCAGAACCACUGUGGGAAAGCAACUCCAGUGUGUUGUACUGGAAAUCUGCAACUCGGUUCCCCCUGCUCCAGGGCAUCGCCAAGAAGCUGCUGGCAAUACCGGCCACCUCGGGGGGCUUCGACCGGCUGUGUCCGAUGGCAGCGUGUAUUGUAAAAGCCAAGAGGAACCGCCUGCCACCUCACACCACAGAGAGACUGCUUCUAUACAAAAACUCUUUGAAGACAAAGACUGUUAGGAAGCCCAGUUCUGUCGCUAAACACUGAUGGGUUAAGUGACAUUUAGGGUGUGCAUAUUCUGUCCUCCACCCAGAGAACCUCCACAUUUGCUUCUCCAUACACCAUACUAUGCUUCCACACCAUCCCUCUCAAUUAAAUUUCUUCAAACAUCUGAUUAAACUUAGCUAAAUUUAGCAUAAUUUCAACUUUGUAGAUAGGGACCAGGACCACCUGUGUCAACAGCAGCAAAAUAUAUUAAUAAUAUAUUGAAAAUGAGGGCAAUUUACUCAUAAUGUCUCUUUGGUUGAAAUAAGAGACAGCACAAUGACAACCAGCAAGCUACCGUCAUAGAGCACAAACUGUUGUCAUUUCUCUGUGGACGGCAGAUUGAGAGUGAAAGGCAGCUUCUUUUUGUCCUUCACACAAAGUAGCUGAACUGCACUCCAAAAACAAUAUAUAUAUAUAUAAGACUUAUUUAUAUUUGAGCAUAAUUCAACACUGUAAAAAUGUAAUCCGAAGUGUAAAUUAAGAUACUUUUAGAACAGGCAUUCUCUUAUAUUGUAGACCUUGUGCUGCUGCUAACUUGUCACAGACAAAGGAGAAAAUGAAGCAUCCGUGAUCAAAGUCCUCAUGUGUAGGAUUUGAAAUUUUCCGACUUUGUGACUCUGACACUGUGGCAGAGAGUAAUACACACCUAUACAAUUACUAUACCACCUAUGCCACUGAAGUAAUUUGAAAGAUGGUACAAUCAAAUCAGCAAUAAAAGUGCUACACAUCACAGCUUUAACAUCAGCCUGUGUUUCUCCUCUAGCAGAAACUGGUUAUGUAUUGUGCUCUUUGGUAGGGAAAUCACAGCGUGAGAGCAUGAGUGCUUUUCAAUACCUAAAGUAAAAAGUUGAAGUGACUGUAAUCCUUAUUUCCCUUCCUUGUAAUUUAUUUGUCUUGUAUGUUGUACAGCAAGUGCAGGUAGACUGUGUAUUGGGUCACUUGGCAGUAAAUUGAAAGAGACCGCAUCUUUUUCAGCUUUUUGUAAAAGCCGUGUUUAUUUUCUUAGUCUUUUACAAUUUGUUUAUAUUUUUAAUUUGUCAGCAAUGCGUUAAAGUUGCCACAAUGAAUUGUUUUCUCAAGAGUUGAUGUAAUGUCUGGUGGGGGUUGAUGGGAAAGGUCGUUUUGCAUCUUACGUUGACAUUAUUAGACAGGUAGACUUUUAAACAAACUAAAGUUCACAUUGAAUGACUGCUAACUGAUUUUAUUGCAGUGAUGAUUGUUCAUAUUGUGGUAAUAAACACCACUGUGAACUUGACUCAUUUGACCUUCACAUGGAAAUAUCCAGAGACUGUACUUGUAUUAAAGAAUAAAGAUAUUUUCUCUACGGUUUCCUGUA